GAUACUGCCUGGAUUUUAAGUCUUCCACAUUUUCAAAUGAGGAUAUUUCAGCUUGGAAAUAUUUAGAUUUUCUGAGGAUUCUUGUGGGAAGAAGUGGGCUUGUUGUAGGAUUUUGUCGAGAAGGACAUAUUUUGGUUGUUGAAAACUUUUGGAAAGGGCCAAUGGGUGCCAAGUUUACCAUCUGCUGCUGUCGGUACUAUCUGAAACACAACAAGGAGGAGAAGAAUGCGAUUUUGCGCAUGCGCACCACCACAGCUUCCAAACAACCAGAGCUGUUAUCCAGUGAGUCCAGCGACAGUGACACAGAAAAGGAGAGCCUUUUUGGGCCACAGCCUUCAAGAAAGAGCCCAUGGAGCAAAGAGCUGAGUCAGAGGAACCCUGUUGAUCUGUUGACCACCGUAAACAGACCCAAUGAAUCUCCCAUCAGGCGAGGAUCGGACAGAGAGUUGCAGGCUUUUAUUAGCAUGAGAGACCAGGCUGACACGGCUACAGAGGAAUGGGAAAAGCUGAACUAUGACAUACACACUUUACGCUAUGCCAGACGAGAAGUCAGAGCCCGAUGGAAGAAAAUCCUACUGCAGCUAGGUUAUCAGUGUGAGGUAGAUGCCUUGUUGUGUGUGAACAAACAGAGCCGGUACAGUCGAGAUCAGGAGCACCUUAACAAAGCAACAGAACUGUUGGAACAGCUGCUGAACCACACCUCACUGUUUCCUCCAGGAACUGGACACCAGAACAGAUACCUCUGUAUCAUGGACCGCCUGGUGUCACUGGACAGUGCUGAAGACUUUGUCAGACUGGCCAAAGAAAAAUACCCCAAGAAAGUAGGCUGAGAGACAGAGACAGAAAGACGAAAGAGAAUAUUGAAAGACCCAGACAGAUUACAAUACAAGCAAAUUUGAUUGUAAUGGCAAAUAAAAAAACCCUGCUCUUUGAUGUGCCUUGUUAAAUUAAAGUAAUUUUAUUCCACUGUUUUUUGGUGAUUUUUACAUUUAUUGUUUUGACCAUAUAAUUCACAGCGCCGUAUAAAAAAAAUGUCUCUUUUUUUUUAUUUAGUAGUAAUUAACAA